AUGGAUGGGGAGCUGUGGAUGUCAGCCAGGCUUUCCCACCUCCAUUUCUCCUUAGAAUCCAUCUAUAAGAAAGGCACGGUGAAGGCCGCUACUCACUGGACCCUUUUUGGGAAGAACCUCUACUACAUCUCGAUCGGUAGGAAGACCUGGUACGACGCUCAGAACUUCUGCCUCUCCAGAGAUUCCCACAUGGUCUCCAUCUUAAAUGACGAAGAACAGAAGUUCAUCUCUUCGCAGUUCAAUGAUUCUGUCUGGAUUGGACUAAGCAGUGAAAAUGAGGAAGGCACCUGGCAAUGGUCGGAUGGAUCCAGAUUAAAACUACAGUUCUGGGAUGCUGGUAGUCCUACUAUCCUGAAGAAGAAUGGAGAAGUGGAGCGAGAUUGUGCUUUCAUGGACCCGUCUGCUGGCAUAUUGAACUGGAGGGAUGACAAUUGCCACGCACUUAAACAGUGGGCUUGUAAGGAGAUCAUAAUCAUGGAAGAUAUAGAAUAUUUAAGCCAACCCUAA